AUGUCCGACCAAGCUGUCCCCAUUGCAGCAGCCCCCUCGACUCCUCCCCCCACCACAGACCAACCCCCCAAACGCAAGCGCGGACGUCCCCCCCUCUCCCCUUCCAAGCGCAAGCCCAAGCCCCAGCCUACGGGCCGUCCCCGUGGCAGACCCAAGGGCAGCGGCGUUAAGAAGAGUAAGCCUGGGCCGGGAAGGCCACCUAAAUCUGCCUUUACUACUACUACUACUGCUGCUGCUGCUGCUGCUGCUGCUGCUGCCAUCACGGAAGGGGAGGAGGUACAGACGCCGACUAGCCCGAGGAAGACGAGGGGUCGCAACAGUGCUGGAGCGGGGACAGUUGCGGCUGCGACAGCGGCGGGUGAGCAGCCUGUCAAGAGGAAGAGGGGGCGCCCGCCGAAGAAUAGGCCAGCUGUUCCUGUUGCUGAACCGGCACCGGAGAAAGAGGAGGAGCUGGUGCCGCUGGUGCCGCUGGUGCCGCCUAAGGAGCCGGAGGAUGAGGAUGGGGAAGGGGAGAUUGAGUAG